AGAAAGAAUCUGCAUCCUCCAUCCAUCCAUUCCCCGGGUGCUCAACUUGCUCGAAACCGUUUUUGAGAACCCAGCUCAUUCCGAAAUCAGCUCAGUCCGUCUUUUGUCUACUCGCAGAGAGAAAGGAGGACGAACAGCUUUCGUUUUUCGAAAGCGCAAGGGCUGUUCAUUCCACGUCAUUCAGGCAGGGUUGAAAAUCGAAACUUGACACCUUUAUAAGCAGCAGAACCGCACCCAUCAAACGGCAAGAUGGUUAUUGAACAAAAAUUCAAACCCGGGGAGGAACCCGACCCCACGGAAUUCCUUUUCGUCUCAAUGGAGAUGAAGAGGCAGGACCAGUCCAAGCCUUAUGACGCCAAGAAGGCUUGCUGGGUCCCUGAUGAGAAGGAAGGGUUCGUUGUCGGAGAAAUUGCUGGAACCAAGGGGGACAUUAUCAUCGUCAAAGUCGAUGGCGCCGACAAGAACUUCAAGAAGGACCUCGUGGGGCAGGUGAAUCCCCCAAAAUACGAGAAAUGCGAGGACAUGUCCAAUCUGACCUUUUUGAACGACGCCUCUGUCCUGCACAACUUGAGGCAGCGAUACUACGCCAGACUUAUCUACACCUACUCUGGCCUCUUCUGUAUCGCCGUCAACCCGUACGUCCGAUUUCCCAUCUACACCCCUCGUGCCAUGAAAAUCUACCAGGGCAAGCGACGUAAUGAAGUCCCACCUCACAUUUUCGCCAUUGCUGAGGGAGCUUACCAAAACAUGUUGCAAGAUCAUGAAAAUCAGUCCAUCUUGAUUACCGGAGAAUCUGGUGCCGGAAAGACAGAAAACACCAAGAAGGUUAUUGCCUAUUUCGCCAACGUUGCCUCUUCUGGCAAGGCUUCGGACUCCAAGAAAGUGUCCCUUGAAGAUCAAAUUGUCCAAACUAAUCCUGUCCUCGAGUCUUUUGGUAACGCCAAGACCACGCGUAAUGACAACUCUUCCCGUUUCGGUAAGUUCAUCCGUAUCCAUUUCGGACCCUCUGGCAAACUUGCCGGUGCUGAUAUUGAGUCCUACCUGUUGGAGAAGGCUCGAGUCAUCUCCCAGAUGUCACAGGAACGUUGUUACCACAUCUUCUACCAGCUCAUGUCUCCCAAUUGUAACAAGGCCGGAGUUAAAUCCAUGUGUCUGUUGGGUGAUGAUAUUUACAAAUAUCAUUACUGCUCUCAAGGAAAAGUCACUGUCCCCUCCAUUGAUGACAGUGAAGAGUUUGCCGCAACUCACGAGGCUUUCGAAAUCCUUUUGUUCACUGAUGAAGAACGAGCCAACAUUUACCGCAUUACUGCUGCCGUAAUGCACAUGGGAGAGCUCAAGUUUGAACAGAAAGGUCGAGAUGAACAGGCCAUGCAGGCAGAAGAGGAAGAAGGUGCUGCUACCGGAAAACUUCUCGGAAUUGACGGUGAGAUUUUGUACAUCAACAUUUGCAAGCCCAGGAUCAAGGUCGGAACCGAGUUCGUCACCAAGGGACAAAACGUUCAACAAUGUAACGCUACCUGUGGUGCCCUCGCCAAGUCCAUGUUUGAUCGUCUCUUCAAGUUCCUUGUGAAGAAAUGUAAUGAAACUUUGGACACCAAACAAAAUCGGGCCUCUUUCUCCGCUGUGUUGGAUAUUGCCGGAUUCGAAAUCUUUGAAGAGAACGGAUUCGAUCAGCUUUGCAUCAACUUCACCAAUGAGAAAUUGCAACAGUUUUUCAACCAUCACAUGUUCGUCCUCGAGCAGGAAGAGUACAAGAAAGAAGGUCUUGACUGGAUCUUUGAGGAUUUCGGUAUGGACUUGCAAGCUACCAUCACACUUUUCGAGCAGCCUAUGGGAGUCUUCUCCAUUCUUGAGGAAGAGUCUAUGUUCCCCAAAGCCACUGACCAAACGUUCAUCGAAAAGUUGAAGAGCAACCAUUUGGGCAAGUCCAACUGCUUCUUGAAACCCAAACCACCAAAGCCAGGUUUCAAGGAGGGUCAUUUUGCCGUUGCCCAUUACGCCGGUACCGUCACGUACAACAUUACCGGAUGGCUCGAGAAGAACAAGGAUCCCCUCAACGACACCGUGGUUGACCAAUACAAGAAGGGAGGCAACGCCUUGAUUUGCGAACUCUACUCUGAUCAUCCUGGUCAGUCCGAGGAGGCUGGUGGCAAAGGUGGUGGGGGUGGCAAAAAGAAGGGUGGAUUCAAGACCGUAUCUUCCGGCUACAGGGAGCAACUUGGCAACUUGAUGGCCACCUUGAAAGCUACUCAUCCCCAUUUCAUUCGAUGCAUUGUGCCCAACGAGAUCAAAAAGCCAGGUUUGGUUGACGCUGCUCUUGUUAUGCACCAGCUCACUUGUAAUGGUGUGCUUGAAGGCAUUCGUAUUUGCAGAAAGGGUUUUCCCAACAGGAUGCUGUAUCCUGAUUUCAAACACAGAUACGCAAUCCUGGCUUCGGCUCAGAUGGCUGCGGAAAAAGAGGACAAAAAAAUUGCUGUCGCUUGCUUCGAGACGAUCGGGCUGAACGCUGACAAAUACCGAGUCGGUCACACCAAAGUAUUCUUCAGGGCUGGAGUUCUCGGAGAGAUGGAGGAAAUUCGUGACGACAAGCUGGGCAAAAUCAUCACCUGGCUUCAAGCCCAAGUCCGCAAGUACAACGUGGCCAAAGCUUACCGUACUCUCGAGAAGCAACGCAAAGCUCUCGAAGUUGUGCAACGUUCUCUGAAAUCCUACGUCAAUCUUCGUUGCUGGCCAUGGUGGGGACUCUGGAAACUGAUCAAGCCUAAUCUUCAAACAUGCAAGAUUGAAGAAAACAUGAAAAAGGCCGAAGUUAAGAUUGCCAAGUUUGAAGCCAUCCUAGUUGAAGAGGAGAAGGCCCGUGCUGAAGCGGAAAAGAAGGCAAAGCACACCAUCCACGAGAAGGACAAGCUGUUGAAGGAAUUGGACGAGGAGAAAAAUGCCGGUUCCAACUUCCAAGAAAGAUUCAACAAGAUCAACGCUCAGAAGAACGAACUCGACGCUCAACUUAACGACCUGACCAACCGUGUGCAGAGUGAGGAAGAUCAGAAAAACCAGAUUCAACAACAACUCCGCAAACAACAACAAGACCUCGCCAACACGAAGAAGGAGUUGGAAGAGAAUGCCAAAAGCUUGGAGAAAUUGGAUGCUGACAAAGUCGCGAAAGAGGGUCAAAUCAAGAACUUGAAUGAAGAGCUCGCCCACCAGGAGGAACUCAUUUCUAAGCUGCAAAAGGAGAAGAAACAGGUGCAAGAGGCUGCUCAACACACGUCCGAAGAUGUCCAAGCUCUCGAGGACAAAGUCAACGGUUUGAACAAAAUCAAAACCAAGUUGGAACGAUCAUUGGACGAGUUGGAGGACUCGCUCGAACGAGAAAAGAAACUUCGUGGUGAUAUUGAAAAAGCUAAGCGCAAGGUUGAAGGUGACCUGAAAAUCGCGCAAGAGGCCGUCGCCGAUUUGGAAAGAAACAAGAAGGAUGUUGAGCAAACGGUUCAACGAAAAGAUAAGGAAAUCUCAUCCCUCACCGCCAAAUUGGAAGAAGAACAAGGGCUCAUUGCUAAACUUCAACGUCAAAUCAAGGAGUUGCAAGCUCGCAUUGAAGAACUUGACGAGGAGCUUGAAGCUGAGCGCAUCGCUCGUGCCAAAGCUGAAUCCCAAAGGUCCAACCUUGCCAGAGAAUUGGAAGAACUUGGUUCCCGAUUGGAAGAAGCCGGCUCUGCGACCUCCGGACAGAUCGAACUCAACAAGAAGCGUGAAGCUGAACUCGCCAAGUUGCGCCGUGAACUGGAAGAGACCAACGUUCAACAUGAAGCCAGCAUGGCCGGUCUGCGCAAGAAGCACAACGACGCCGUCGCCGAGAUGGCCGAACAAAUCGACAACCUUAACAAGAUGAAGGCCAAGGCAGAGAAGGAUCGAUCACAAAUCGCAACCGAGUUGAACGACUCUCGUGCCGCUAUGGACCACCUCGUCAACGACAAAGCCGGACAGGAGAAGCUCGGAAAACACUUGCAACACCAAAUGGCUGAGAUUCAAGGACGAUAUGAAGAGGUCGCCAGGAAUGUGAACGAGGUUGACCAGACCAAGAAACGCCUCGCUUUGGAGAAUACCGACAUGGCGCGACAAAUCGAGGAAGCCGAGAGCAAUCUGUCCGCUCUGGGCAAACUCAAGGUUUCUCUCGCCACGCAGCUUGAGGACACCAAGAGACUCGCGGACGAGGAGGGACGCGAGAGGGCCACCCUUUUGGGCAAAUACCGAAACGUGGAGCACGACUUGGACCUUCUCCGAGAACAAUUGGAUGAAGAAGCCGAAGCCAAGAGUGAAAUUCAGAAGCAGUUGAGCCGAGCCAAUGCGGAGGCGCAAUUGUGGAGGACGAAAUAUGAGAACGAGGGUGUCGCCAGGAUUGAGGAGUUGGAGGAAGCAAAACGCAAGCUCCUCGCUCGUCUCCAAGAAGCCGAAGAAACCAUCGAAUCUCUCAACGUCAAGUCUAUCGCCCUUGAGAAGACCAAGCAACGUCUCUCGUCCCAACUUGAAGACAUGACCUCGGAAGUCGACCGCUCUCGCGCUCUCGUCAUCCAACUUGAGAAGAAGCAAAAGUACUUUGACAAGAUCAUUGACGAAUGGAAGGCCAAGGUUGGAGAUUUGCAAUCCGAGGUUGACGCAUCCCAGAAGGAGGCUCGAUCCUACGCCACCGAAGUUUUCCGCAUUCGUGCCGCCUACGAACAAGAGCAAGAACAACUUGACGCCGUCAAACGCGAGAACAAGAACUUGGCAGAUGAAAUCAAGGAUCUCUUUGACCAAAUCGGAGAAGGAGGCCGAAACGUCCAUGAGAUUGAGAAGGCAAGAAAUCGUCUCCAAAUCGAGAAGGAAGAACUCCAAUCUGCUCUCGAAGAAGCUGAAGCUGCCUUCGAACAAGAAGAGAACAAAGUACUUCGCGUUCAACUCGAGCUUUCCCAAGUGCGACAAGAGAUUGAUCGACGCAUUCAAGAGAAGGAGGAAGAGUUCGAAAACACUCGCAAGAACCAACAGCGUGCCCUUGACUCGAUGCAGGCAUCUCUGGAGGCCGAGAGCAAAGGAAAGCAAGAAGCACUCCGAGUCAAGAAGAAGUUGGAGACGGACAUUAACGAGUUGGAAAUUGCGUUGGACCACGCCAACAAGACCAAUGCUGAGGCGAGCAAGACCAUCAAGCGAUACUUGCAACAACUCAAGGAGACCCAAUCCCUCCUCGAGGAAGAACAACGUGCCCGUGACGAGGCAAGGGAAGCAUACGGAAUUGCAGAACGACGAGCAAACGCCUUCUCCAACGAGCUUGACGAGUCACGAACCCUUCUCGAACAAGCCGACCGAGCGCGACGAUGUGCCGAACAGGAAUUGCACGAUGCUCGAGAUCAAAUCAACGAACUUGGCAACCAAACCUCAAUCUUGGGUGGAAUCAAGCGUCAAUUGGACUCUCAGUUGCAGACGAUGCAUGCUGACUUGGAGGCGAUCUUGAAUGAAGCCAAGAAUUCUGAAGAGAAGGCAAAGAAGGCCAUGGUGGAUGCAGCCCGUCUCGCUGACGAACUUCGCAUGGAACAAGAACACGCACAGAGCCAAGAACGUGCCCGCAAGGGACUCGAGGUCACCAUGAAGGACCUGCAAGGACGAUUGGAAGAAGCAGAACAGAGCAUCCUCAAAGGAGGGCGUAAACAAAUCGCCAAGUUGGAGGAACGCGUCCGACUCAUUGAAACCGAGCUCGACUCUGAACAACGUCGCCACUCUGAGGCACAAAAGAACAUGCGACGAGCUGAGCGACGAUGCAAAGAAUUGUCCUUCCAAGCCGAGGAAGACCGCAAGAACCACGAAAAGAUGCAAGACCUCGUGGAGAAGUUGCAACAGAAGAUCAAGACUUACAAGAGACAGAUUGAAGAGGCGGAAGAGGUAGCUGCUCUCAAUCUUGCUAAGUUCCGUAAAGCACAACAGGAGUACGAAGAGGUUGAGGAACGCAAUGACUUGGCUGAGGCUGCCUUGAGCAAGGUCCGACCCGGACCGCUUCCAAGGGGCCGCCCAGCGUCCAUGGCACGAGGAAUGAGCCCAUUUUAAAUGUAAAAAUCGGUAAAUAUGAUGGGACAGCUACUUAGCUACUACCUCCUCUCUGUAUAUUUGUUCUUCACUGAACAACUUUCCAUCGUUUCUACCCACAAUCUCUCUGUCUGCUAUCUACACACCCUACUCUUUCAACCUCUGAGGAAAUUAUCGCCACUCAGCCCACGCCCUCUUCUCACCCUCCUCCCACUGCUGCGAGUAACAAAAGACACGACGGACUAAUACAUGAAUUGAGAGCAGGAUGAGGAAUGGGUCAAGUUGAUGGUGCUAAUUCCGGAUGACAAUACUUUCUUUGUACCGUCUGUCGUAAAUAUAAACUGUCCAUGUUUUCACUCUUGUUGACUAAUCUUUUCGUGUAGGGUACAACUGCAUCUCUCUCUCUCUGUCUCUUCUCUAGAGUUAAGUAUAUCUCGUAUAGAUCUAAAUACUAUCACUAACUUCUUCUUCAUUAGAGAGCAACUAGACGUUCUUCUAUAGCGACUCUUCUACUAUACCCAGAGUGAUGAUUAAUGUAUGUAAUUCUGUAAAAAUACUGGAAUAAUAAAGUUGCAAACUCGAUAAAAAAUA